UUACAAAAUAACAUUCGUUGGAGAAGAGUAGAUAAUUUGUUACCAACAAAAACAUAAACAUAAAACAUUCGAAUACGAUUGUGUUGAGUGGUUCAGCAUCAGGACAAACUGAAAACAUAUGCUGCAGGCUAAAUUUCUUCAAAAGAACGCAUGAAAAUGCAUUCUUUUUCAGAAUAAUCCACUUCCUUUUCCUUUGGCUGGCAUCAUAUGAUAGUAAAGUCAUAUGACAUUUGUUUCCCUAGUACCUCGCAGUUUGUAGUUACGAUGGCCGUCGUUCAUAGAGUUGGCUUUGUUUUUUUGCUGUUUAUGGUCACUUACUGCACAUGCAGAUACGAGCCCACCUGGGAAUCCAUAGACUCUCGACCGCUUCCAGGGUGGUAUGAUGAAGCUAAGGUUGGCAUUUUCAUACACUGGGGAGUGUUCUCUGUCCCAAGUUUUGGGAGUGAAUGGUUUUGGUGGUAUUGGCAGGGCAGGAAAAUUCCACACUACGUUGACUUCAUGAAUAAGAACUAUCCUCCUGGCUUCACGUAUGGUGACUUUGCACCCAUGUUUACAGCAGAGUUUUUUGAUGCCAAUCAAUGGGUGGACAUAUUUGCUUCAUCGGGAGCAAAAUACAUCGUUCUUACUACAAAGCACCACGAAGGCUUUACAUUGUGGGGCUCAAAGAAUUCAUGGAACUGGAAUGCAGUGGACGUGGGACCACGGCGGGACCUGGUAGAUGAGUUGUCCACGGCCCUGCGAGAUCGCAGCAGCCUGCACCUGGGCCUGUAUCAUUCCCUCUUUGAGUGGUUCCACCCACUCUUCAAAGAAGAUAAAGCCAACAGCUACAAAACCAACUACUUCCCCACCACCAAAUCCCUGCCUGAGCUCUAUGACUUGGUCACCAAGUUCAAGCCUGAGAUCCUGUGGUCCGACGGGGAUGGAAAUGCUCCAGACUAUUACUGGAACAGCACUGGCUUUCUUGCCUGGCUCUACAAUGACAGCCCAGUGAAGGACACGGUUGUGACCAAUGACCGCUGGGGAUACGGCACCAUCUGCAAACACGGAGGCUACUAUACCUGCACUGACCGCUACAACCCUGGGCACCUGCUCAAGCGCAAAUGGGAGAACUGCAUGACCAUCGACCAGAAGUCCUGGGGCUACCGCAGGGAGGCAACGCUUCAGGACUACCUCUCCACCUGGGACAUUAUAAAGACACUGGUGGAGACUGUGUCUUGUGGUGGGAAUCUGCUGAUCAAUGUGGGGCCCACUCAUGACGGACGCAUCGCCCCCAUCUUUGAGGAGCGUCUGAGACAGAUGGGCCAGUGGCUCAAAGUCAACGGGGAGGCCAUCUACAGCACCACCGCAUGGAGGGCUCAGAAUGACACCGUGACCCCUGGCAUCUGGUACACUGCCAAACCGCAGGAGAAAGCUAUCUAUGCAAUCACCCUGUCCUGGCCCACUGAUGGAUCUAUCAUUCUUGGUGCACCCAAGGUCGCUGAAGGUCAGACUCAGGUGGCGCUGUUGGGCUACAAGGAGCUGAAAUGGGAGCCGGUGGCAGCUGGAGGUCUGAGGGUGUACUUGCCUCAGCUCUCCCCAUCUGAGAUGCCUUGCUCUUGGGCCUGGACACUGAAGCUCACUGGUGCCUCCUAGAGGGGAAGAAGAUGACAGUGAGAAAUGGCUGAGUUAUGAAUGAAGCACGGGAUAUGAAUGAAUGUGGUUUAAGUGCACAGAGGGUCAUGUGUAUCAGAGACUCGAACUGAGCCAUUGUUUUGAUUUGGAUUGUCUUGCUUCAGAAUACAAAGGCGACAAAUUUAAAAACCACUUUAAGAAUUCAGGGAAUCUGUUAGUGGAUGUUAUGGAUUAUUAUAGAUUGUUGCAUAAAUAUUUAGUUGGAUUUUUACCAGAGGGGCAUAUUAAACCCUUUUUAUAUUGAUGCACAUAUUUUGUUGCUGUUACAGUGUGACAUGAGAUUGUUUUUAAUGCAAAUAUUUUUUAAGAACACUGAAUGUGCAUUAUUCUUGUUUUUGAGGUUGGCUGUAAAUGCACUUUGGGGGAUGAUCGUAAUUCUUAGUAAAAGUGAAAAGAAGUAAUCAAGGGUGGGAUGGUUUCCUCUGGGUUUGUUGGGGUGUCUUAGAAGUAGUUUUGGUAAUGAGGUAGUUUAGGUUUGUAAAGUGAUUACGAUGGAUGUAAAUAUGGGGUAGUGAUCAUUUCUUUAUUGAAUGUGCCUGCACUGGGUUCUUUACCUGUUUUUAAGCAGAGAACGAAAAGGGAUCCUGUUACAACUGUGACUUUUUAAUCAGCCCAUUUUCAUUAUCAUUCCAUGUAUGAUUUCUGUACCAUUUUUCUUAAAGAAGAUGUUUUUUUAAAAAUAAAUGAGUUGGAUGUGCUUCA